AUGCCUGGUUUCCGCAGGAACGCCGGGGACCGCGCGCGGGCAAGGCGGCGCCAUGGCGCACAAAAGAGGGGCGAGAGUGCGGACCCCAGAGGCGGAGGGACGGGCGUGGGCGCAUCCGCCCGCACUGACGACCAGGUCGUGGUUGACAACGACGCCCGCGGCCGCCUCGGCGCGCAGUCCGCCGGGGCACGGGCUCCAGCGGUGCCCUGGGCGCGCUUCUCGGCCUGGCUGGAGUGCGUAUGCGUGGUCACCUUCGACCUGGAGCUGGGCCAGGCACUGGAGCUGGUGUACCCCAGCGACUUCCGGCUCACGGACAAGGAGAAAAGCAGCAUCUGCUACCUGUCCUUCCCUGACUCCCACUCAGGCUGCCUCGGGGACACGCAGUUCAGCUUCCGCAUUCGUCAGUGUGGAGGACAGAGGAGCCCCUGGCCUGCCGAUGACAGGCACUAUGACAGCGGGGCCCCCGUGUCACUGCAGAGGGAAGCGGCACACUACCUCGGCUACGUGUACUUCAGGCAGGUGAAGGACAGCUCCGUGAAGAGGGGCUACUUCCAGAAGUCUCUGGUGCUGGUGUCCCGCCUGCCCUUUGUCCGGCUGUUCCAGGCACUGCUGAGCCUGAUUGCCCCCGAGUACUUCGACAAGCUGGCUCCCUGCCUGGAAGCAGUGUGCAGUGAGAUUGACCAGUGGCCAGCCCCUGUGCCCGGGCGGACCCUAAACCUGCCCGUGGUGGGCGUUGUCCUCCAGGUCCACAUCCCGUCCAGGGCGGACAAGCCCGAAUCUACGUCUCUGAAGCAGCGUGGCCAUGAGAACCUACUGCCGGCCCCGCUGGUCCUUAGCAGUGUCCAUGAGCUGGACCUGUUCAGGUGCUUCCAGCCGGUGCUGGCCCACGUGCAGACGCUGUGGGAGCUCAUGCUCCUUGGGGAGCCCCUGCUGGUCCUGGCGCCCUCGCCCGCUGUGUCCUCGGAGAUGGUGCUGGCCUUGACCCGCUGCCUGCAGCCCCUCAAGUUCUGCUGCGACUAUCGCCCUUACUUCACCAUCCACGACAGCGAGUUCAAGGAGUUCGCGACGCGCACACAGGCCCCACCAAACGUGGUCCUGGGGGUCACCAACCCUUUUCUUAUCAAAACACUCCAGCACUGGCCCCACAUCCUGCGCAUCGGGGAGCCCAAGAUGUCAGGGGGCCUUCCUAAACAAGUCAAGCUGAAAAAGCCCUCAAGGCUGAAGACCCUGGACACCAAACCAGGCCUGUACACCACGUAUACCGCCCACCUGCACCGCGACAAGGCGCUGCUCACUCGGCUGCUCAGGGGCCUGCGGAGGGGGCGGCCCGCAGACACGCUGACCACGCUGCUGCGGGGGCACCUCCUGGAGCUCACGCAGAGCUUCGUCAUCCCCCUGGAGCACUACAUGGCCGGCCUCAUGCCCCUGCAGAAGAGUGUCGCGCCCUGGAAGACCCCGCCCCAGAUUCGCCCCUUCCACCAAGAUGACUUCCUGCGCAGCCUGGAGUGCACGGGGCCGCAGCUCACCUGCGUCCUCAAGGGUGACUGGCUGGGCCUCUACAGGCGGUUCUUCAAGUCUCCCCAUUUUGACGGCUGGUACCGACAGCGGCGCAGAGAGAUGGCCCACAAACUAGAGGCCCUGCACCUUGAGGCCAUCUGCGAGGCGGACAUCGAGACCUGGAUGAAGGACAAGUCCGAGGUGGAGGUGGUGGAUCUGGUCCUGAAACUUCGGGAGAAGCUGGUGAGGGCACAGAGCCACCAGCUCCCUGUGAAGGAGGAGACGCUGCAGCGGGCGCAGCUGCACAUUGAGACGGCCAUCGGCUCCCUGCCCAAGGACCUGCAGGCUGUCCUCUGCCCUCCCUAGGACAGGGCCCACGGGCACGUUCGAGGCGCCUGGGUCUGGCCGAGCUUCCUUCUCCCCAGUGAGGGCAGCCCCAACCGAGCGUGAGCUCUGCCACCCAUACCCCUUGCUGUUCCAGCCCCCAGCGCCACGAUCCUCCCGGCUGUAAAGGUGGCAUUUGGAACUACAGCCUGGAGCUGACUGUUGGUGGAUCACGUGUGUGCCAGAGCCUGACUCCCACCCCCCUCUGAGGGGUUGCAGGCUGGGCCAGGCUGGCUGUGAGCCCUUGCUGAUCUGGGCCCGGGGCCACCCCUUCCAACAGGCCCCCAUCUGCCAGAGCCCUGCAGGGACCCAGAUGUUGCAUUUGAUGUGUCCUUUAGCCCCACCAGGCUGCCCAGCCCAGGACGGGAGAAGGAAGCUGACAAGCAGACCUCUGUCCUCACACAGCCCACCCCCUGUCUGUGGGGGCUGGGGGUGCCUCACCCCUCACCCACAGUCAUCGCCUGGAGGGGGAGAGGAGCUGUGCCCUGUGGCUCUUCUGUAGGGCUCCUAGAGGACAGUGCAGGGCCCAGACUGGCCGGACCAGGGCAUUGUCCAGGGUCCCAUGCCUGGAGCAGCCCAGCGGGUACCACCUCCACUUGCCCGGCCCAUGCUGCUUCUCAGCUGACAGGCGCUCGACCUAAUGCCCUUGGUUCCAUCUGCUCCACGUGCACCCGAGCAGUUUGGACUCUCGCCCUAGCAGCCCCCCAGCUCUUAGCAGCGUUAUGCUCCCCAGCAAUGCAAGGGUGACAGUGUCAGCCAGGGGAGGGGUGGGCGUGAGGCUUGGGCCCAGAGCUGUGGGCCUGCGGGGAGGUCUCCCAGCCACCAACCUUCAGACCCCUCAUCAGGUGGCAUGUGUAUCGUGUACAUGUCCAACCUCCCUGCGUGGGGUCCUGGCAGAGUGAGCGGGCACAGGUGGAAGCUGUCUCUUCUCUUUCGAAGUCCCCACUCAGGCCAUGCCCCGGAUGGGCGGUCACCAAGGCCUCCAGUCAUCCCCUGCACAGCAGCAAGCGCUGGUCUCAGCUGCUGGUAGCAACUUGUCUGGCCCUGACUGCUGCCUAGGACAGCCUGUCACUGUCCCCAUUCUACAGACAGCUGAGCCCAGGGUGGUGUAGGGUCCAAGGACACGACCAAUUAAAACGACAAAGGCAGACUGAGGCAGUAAAUCUUUUUGCAUAAGGAACAAGCUGGAGGCACUGGAGUGAGACAGGUGCCACAUGGGCCCCAAAUGCCAGUCUGGGCAGCCUGCCCCUGGCUGUGUGGUCUGGAGGGGUGGUCUCCCCACCGAGGGCGUGGCCUCCCCACCGAGGGCAUGGUCUCCAAGGGGGCCCACAAAGACACCAGCACCUUCCUUGUACCUGGCUGGUUCUCUCACCUCCACGAGAAGGGGCUGAGGGGGUGGUGGAGGCCCUGCCAUCGGCUGCCCUCAGGGCCCUCCACCCCUACUCCUAACCCCUGACCCCAACCCCUAACCCUAACUCCACUGGCUGAGACAGUGCCAGGCCCUCUCACUAAUAUGAGCCCACCGUGAGGGGUGCGCCCCAAACAUCACUUAGCUUGUACUUGCCAUGCUGCAUGGUCACCUGACUUGGCUUCUCAAGGGCAGCUGUGCACGAGGGUAGGCUGGGGACUACAGGCUGCCUGGGGGGCUGUAAGGUGGCCUCCACGAAUCUGCCAGGGCCCUUGGCCACCAGCAGUCCCGAAAGGCACAACUAGAUGCCCCUGGUCCCAGCGUUCUCCCCCAGGGACCAUUGGCGGCAGAGGCUGGGGGAGGGACACCUGGCAGGGUGGGCACUGUGCCCAGGGCAGAAUCUCAGGCGGAAGUGUAGAGGCCCGAGGAGGCCCAUCCCCUGGAGUGCCUGGGGCAGGAGGGAGGGUUCUGUCUGCCUCACAGCUGACCCCCUGCACUGCCCAGGGGCUGGGCGUGGAGUCGCCCCCAGAGGCCUACUCGCUCCCUCCCAAGAUCGGGUCAGUUCUGGCCUGGCUGAGCCCCCGUCCCCACUAUGGAAGGGGACAGUGAGGGGAAGGAAGGGGCAGAUGAGUCAGAAGGAGAAGAUCUGUCCCCAGCAGAGGCCCUGGGCAGAAGGGCUGGACAAGCGGGAACCAGUUGGCCCAAAAGGGGCCUGUGCCAAGGCCUGGUGGGGUGGCCCGGGUCGGGGCGGGCUGGGCCGGAGGAUGCAGUCGCCGCGGCAGCGACAGGAAGGACAGGUCAGCUCCAAGCUUCCUGCAUGUGCUCUAUUUAGAGAUUCCCGUCUAGUCUGAUAGUGGCCUUCCCACAUUUUUUAUUAAAAUGUAUUAAAAUGACCUGUGACACAA